AUGAAGGAGCUCGAGCCUCUGCAGAAGGUCGGACAGGAUGUCUAUCUCUAUGAGGGGUCUGCCUACAACAGCAAUGAAUCCAAUUCCGACCCUUCACUCAUCAUCCUAUGCACCUGGCUCGGAGGAGCAAGUCCUCGACGCAUCAAUAAAUACGUGGCACAAUAUCGAUCCCUUUUCCCAGCAUCAUCCAUUCUUCUCAUUACCACUACAUUACCAGAUAUCACCAUCCGUCCUUUUAGCGUGCUGCGUGCGCGAUUGAAACCAGCUCGUGAAGCUAUCUGCCACAUUUUCUCUCAGAAAACCGACGAUACAACUGAACGCAAGAACGAUGCUCUGCUACAUGUCUUCUCACACGGAGGAUGCAACACCGCCAUUCAGUUGGCGCUCUCCAUGAAGGAGAAUUCGGGUCCAAACGCGUUGCAUCAUCUCCCCCUAAGAGGCGUCAUCUUCGAUUGCUGUCCUGGGGUGACCGAUUUCCGCCGAUCAUACAAUGCCGCUGUCCUAUCUCUUCCUCAGGGUGGUAAGUUGGCCCAGCUUGUCGGCAGGGCUGUGUUGUACACAACCGUUGGGACGAUCACCAGUAUCCAGAACACAGGGCUUAUGAGCUCUGUCAAUGAUCUGCGGCAUCAACUGAAUGACGAGGCGGUGUUGGGGCGCCAGGUGCGAAGGCUGUACAUGUGCUCGCAGGCGGAUACGACGGUGGACUGGCGCGAUGUGCUGUCGCACAUGGAGACGGCUCGAGAGCAGGGAUACCAAGCUAGUGGGGUUAUGUUUCGGAACAGCCCGCAUUGUGCACUGAUGCUGAAGAAUGAGAAGAAAUAUUGGACGAGCAUUAAGCAGUUUUGGAGGGAGGAGGAUCUAUCGUACAAGGUUGAUGGUCCUGCAUCUGCUCUUGAAGGUGGCUCGACAGCCAAAGACAGCACAUUACCUCGUAGUAAACUGGGUGAAUCCGGAGAAUCUGAUUGGUCGUCGGCUUGUCAGCGCAACAUCCGCAAUUUGCUCAUCACUCGCGUUGUGAUCUUCUGCUUUCUUGACUCAGUAACGCUUAUGGAUCUGUUAUCGGUCCUACCGGGCUUUCAAAUACGAUCAUAUGCUCAUAUUAUACCCCCGCUCGAGAGAAACAAAAUCACCAUCGUCGAUCUCAUCACCCUCGAUAAUCUCGAAAUCGCGAAACGCGCUCACGUUCCUCCCACAGACCUUCGCCGGCUAACGACUCAAGUUGUCAAGGCGUUACACAAAGAUGUUGGAUUCAACGAAGCUUGUGAGGGUGGUGAAGCUGUCGAGCCGAGCUCCAGCAAUGACAUCGAAAAGCCUCUCAUUCCUGGUCCAUCGACCAAGCUAGACUUGUCGCGAUGGAGUGCGAUCAGCACUCUGGACCCCGUGUUGGAUGAGCUGCUCAAUGGUGGACUGCCGACUGGCUAUUUGACCGAGGUGACUGGAGAAAGUGGGAGCGGCAAGACGCAAUUCCUCCUCAGUCUCCUUCUAGCGGUGCAACUUCCAGAGCCUCGAGGUCUCGGGAAAGGCGCAAUAUACAUCUCAACGGAGGCCCCGUUGGCGACAUCGCGGCUGUCGCAGCUCCUCGAGUAUCAUCCUUACCUCUCGGCCCUCCCGAAAGACCGCGCCCCGACACUGGAGAACAUUCUCUCCAUCAACGCAAUGGACCUGGAAACCCAGGAUCAUAUCCUCAACUACCAGUUGCCCCUUGCGAUUACCCGCUACGAUGUCGGCCUCGUAGUCAUCGACUCGAUAACUUCCAACUACAGAGCAGAACAUACAUCUCACAACGUCCUGGGCCUGUCUACACGAUCUGGGGAACUGGCAAGACUUGGCCAGAUGCUGCGCAACCUAGCCGUCGAAAAGAAUAUCGCAAUUGUUGUCGCAAAUCAAGUGUCGGACCGCUUCGAUCCUCUCGAGAGUAAUGCAGCAUUGCGGCGCGCCGCUGCAUACGGAAAUACUAUUGUCUCAUCCUCGCCCGUAUCGACACAACAACAACCGACGACUCCCCUACACCGCGACUCAGCCGUCGCUUCACCCCUUCCCGCUGCCCUAUCCAGGCCUCCGGAGUCCGGAAAUGCCGAGCUAUCUCCUCACAUCACGAUCGUACCGCCAUCCUCAUCCCCAGCAUUCCCCUCCUCGCCGUUCGUCGCGGACGACAACCAGCCCGAGCAGCAGCAGCAGCAAGACUUCGACGGAUCAUACCUAAUCGGCAACCCCGUGCGCAACGAGCUACUGAGCCUAGUGCACCAGCAACGGUUCUUCACCGGGUGGGGCGAUACGCCGCAGGCUGCCGCGCCGCCUUCACCAUACUACCUCCCCCGACAGCCCCCGCACAAAACACCCGCGCUGGGGCUUGUCUGGUCAUCCCAGAUAGCGUGCAGGAUUGCCCUAAAGAAGGAGGAGAUCACGACCAUGCUCGAUCCUGCCUUCGAGCCAAAGAGCACAGAACCGUUGUCGCCAGCCUCACAGCCAAACGAAGAAACUAGACCGACGCCAGACGGUAAGGAGCAGCGAAGCGAUCACGACGUCCUGGAUACCAGUUCGGAUAUCCCGCCCGUGCGGCGACGGAUCACGCCCCAACCGGCAGCACCAGAGAUAAUUCCGCCUCGUACGCUCCGAAGAACCAUGAAACUGGUCUUUGCGCCUUGGACCGCCGGGAGGGUGACAACUACCGUCGACAAGGAGGGGAACUCCACCGUUUACUUCCAGGAUGAGGUUGAAUAUACCAUUUGGAAGGGAGGAUUAGAGAGCGUGGAAGGGCAAGAGUAG